UGUCGUCUAUUAUUUAAUUAUUUCGUUAAUUAUUACAUCAUAUAAUAUUCAAAAGUUACGUUACAUUAAUUAGGUUAUUAUAUGAUUAAGUUGAACAUCUAAAAGUCAUGGAUUGUUCCAUGGAUGUGUUUAUGUGUAGAAAAUGCCGAUCAAAAAUUUUUGAAGGGAAAGAUUUACUUCAAAAUCACUUAACAAAUACUAAAUGCUCCCUAUGGUUUUUGCAAUCUGAUGAGAUUCUCCCAUGGGUGAAUGAGUUAGUUAACGAGGCUGAAUGGACCAAAGGUAAGCUUUAUUGCCCAAAUUGUAAAGCUCGAAUUGGAUCUUUUGAUUUUAUAAAUAUAAUACCAUGUGAAUGUGGAGCUGAAACUAUUCCAGCUAUAUACUGUGUAAAAAGCAAGGUGGACCAUAAAAAAUCAAAGAUGCCUGUGAUUGAUUCUCUUACUUCAAAUAAUUUACAUCUUGAUAUCACGGAUAAUAAAAAUAAAGGUUUAGAAAUUCAACCUCAAGAAAUAGGCAUGCAACACAAUUCAAUACUAAGAUUAAAUGAUAGCAUGCAACACAAUUCAAUACUAAGAUUAAAUGAUGGCAUGCAACACAAUUCAGUACUAAGAUUAAAUGAUGAACUUGUUUUUAACCAGUCCCAAACAUUUGAACAGCUUGAACUAAUAGAUAUGAAACCAGUCAAACAUAAAACCUGUACAAACACUGAUGAGUUAACUGAAAGUGGUGAAUGUGAAACUAGUCUAGUAGAACUUUUAUCAUUUGAGAAAGAAAAAUUUUUUGUCUCUAGUUUCCAGCAAGAGAAUGAUAGUUUUUCUUUUGUUUGUAGUAAAGAUUUUUCAUCAAGUUUUUGUAAAAAAAAUUAUCAUAACAAAAUUGACAUUUCUGAAGAUAUUACAUUAUUUCAUCAAACAACAGAGCAGUUUUCAUGUCAAACUUCACAUCAUGAGGUGCUUGAUAAAGCUCCAAGCAAUCGAUCAAAGCGUGUAAUACAUUGCAAAUGUCAUAGUAAAAAGUAUAUAAACUCUUAUUUAACAAAAAGAUCAAAGAAAAAAAACAGAAAAAAAUACACAGAAGAUGAGUUUGUUAAUAUUUCAUACAAUUCUACUUCAACUAAUAAUUUAGUUACAGAUGAUUUUUCACGAUUGGUUUGUUCAAACUGCCUUCAAGUUUUCCGAGAUGAGCCUACAAAAAAUAUAAACAAUGAAAUUUCAGGCAUAAUUGAUUGGGUUGAUGUUGACAACAGUCAAAAAUGUGGUGAUUCAUCUACAAGUAAAACAUCUAAAAUAUAUCAACCAAUUGACUUUAAAGGAGUUUCUGUUUUUGAAAAUGUCAAUCAAGUUUGCAGUAAUGGAGAAACUGUGUUACAUCAUGAGAGAAACGGUAUCGAGGUUGGAUUACAUCAUGAAAGGAAUGAUAGAAAGAGUCAUGAAACAGAAAUUCUUGAGGAGCAUCAAUGUCCAAUUUGUUGGGAUUUGUUCUAUGACCCUUACAAAACAAUUUGCAAUCAUAUAUUCUGCAGUCCAUGCUUGCGACAGCUUAAUAAAUCAACUCACAAAAAACCUCUGUGUCCAUUAUGUAGAAGGCGUAUAUAUUCUGUUACUGCAUGCGAAGAUUUUAAAAAUCAGUUGAAGUCUUUAUAUCCAAAUAUCUACUUGAAGCGUUCUAAAGUCGAGAAUAGGAAUAAAAAUAAUGUGUUUCCUUUACCUUCACCUGCUAACGUAAUGUUUGAAGGCAAUUUAGCAUCGUCUGAUACAUCACGUAUUGUUCAUUACUUGUAUGUGAUCAGGACGUUAUUAAUGGUCCUUUUUAUGUUGGUCUCUUAUCUUCUCAAUGGAAAUCACAGACAAGAACAUAGAAGAUUUGCAAGACAUUUACGUUACGCUUUUUAUUUUGUCUGCUUUUUUGGAAUGCUAGGUACAAUUGUUAUUGCGGGAUUGCUAUUAACACUGUAUACUUAUGAUUUUGCUAAGUGUAUAUUUGGUUUAGUAGUUUUAUAUUUUGUGUUAUCUAAACUUUUAAUGCGCUAUUUUAUUUAAUAGAGAAGUUUUUUAAGCUAUUUA